GCGAAAAAUAUUAAUCGCGAGGAGACAUAUCCAAUCUCGAUGAACUGGGCGAGUUUGUGUAUUCCGUCUCGUUGACAAUCCUUCUUUUCAUUUGAAUUUUAGUUGUAUAAGGCCCUUUUUUCACAAUGUCUUCCGUAUACAAGUCCCUGUCCAAAAAGAAAAACCAAGCAUCCGUCACCCGCGAGGAUAUGGAGGACGCCGAUGUCUCCAUGCACGAUCUGUCAGAUGACCUGGAUGAGACAAGCGAUAGCGAUGACUACGAAGAUGAGGAUGAACAGAAUGAGCAGAAUGGGUUUGAAGGUGGUGUAGCGACUAAGUCGCAAUCGUUAUCAUCAGGAUUCAUGCCUAAAACUCGAGUGCUUAUGCUAACUUCGAGAGGAGUUACACAUCGGCACCGCCACCUUCUCUCAGACCUCACCUCCCUCCUCCCACACACACACAAAGAGAGCAAGCUCGACACUAAAAAGAAAACGGCCGGCUACAAUUUCCUCCUCAACUCUCUUGCAGACCUCCACUCGUGCAACGUAAUCUUCUUCCUCGAAGCCAAGAAGCGCGGCCAGGACCUCUACCUCUGGCUCUCACGACCACCAAAUGGCCCCACCAUAAAAUUCUCCGUGAGCAGUCUUCACACGAUGGGCGAGAUGGGAACCGGGUUCUCUGGCAACUGCCUCAAAGGCGGACGCGGGGUGGUUGUGUUUGAUAAGACAUUCGACGAGGCGGCUGUGAUGCGGAGUGGGAAUGAAUACAGGGGUCUCGUACGAGAGAUGUUGCGGAGUGUAUUCAGCGUACCGAAACGCGGGGUGCGGGGCAUGAAGCCGUUCAUAGAUCGGAUCAUCGGCGUGUUUGGCGUUGACGGGAAAAUAUGGAUACGGGUGUUUGAGAUUCGCGAGUCGGAGGGCGGGGCUGUUGCUGCCACGAAGACAAAAGAUGGCGAAGCUGAGGAAGAUGAUGCGGAGAAAGCAAAGCCGAAGCCCAAGCGAGGUGGCAAGGGUGGUGCUCCCGAUAUCACUCUGGUCGAGAUCGGCCCGCGCUUCGUACUGACGCCCAUUGUGAUACUGGAGGGAAGUUUCGGGGGGCCCGUCAUCUACGAAAAUAAGGAGUUCGUCAGUCCCAACCAGGUGCGUCGGGAAAUACGGCUACGGAAGGCGUCCCGGUUCGCGACAAGGCAAGUUGGGCAGACCGAUAGAACGGUCAAGAAGAGUGGACUAGGGCUUACGACGGAAGGGCGGGGAAAUAGGAGGCGGGAUCCUUUGGAGACGAAGGAAGUGUUUGGAUGAUUUAUGGAUUAGCGGAGGUAUGAUUUUGUCCAAUUGUUAGAGCUAUUUGCGUUCAUAUAUUUCUUGCGUCCUUCAUUUUCCUUCGUUUUCCUUUAGUCCUGGUGAUCAGGCGGGUGGGAAUGUGUUAUCUUAUAUAUAUAGACAUCAGUGCCACUUGUCCUUAAUAUUUGGGCUAUUUACAAUGAAAAAUGUGGCCUGCCAGAAACCAAAGAGUGUCUGGAACAAAAUAAUCCUUGAAUUUGGCGUUUAGAUUCCCAAUAGCCCCCGAACUUUUUGCAAGAAAGCCUAUGAUAUAAAGUUAAAGUAUUAAUAAGUCACACAAUUUUGUAAUCCGGAUCCAAUCCAGACCGAUGGUAUAACCCUGAUUACGGGGAAUUUGGAUUUCUAAUAUAUUUAACUGCUAGAGUGUUGCAAGAACCCACAACAUCAAAC